UGGGAUCUGAAUGUGAGGAAUGUGGGGGCAGAAGUUCUGGUCGGAACCGGCCGGUACCGAUCCAAUCAAUAAUCAGACACCUUUCAGCUCAUCGAGAUCAGUGAGAAACUCAUUUGGAUCAGGAAGUUCGGGCUGGUCUGGGUUCGGCUCUGGCUGUGGGAGGGGCCAGCAGCCUCAUCAGCUCUCAGUCCAGAUCAGACGUAACGCCAUGACGUUCCGCCGCCUCUCGCUGCUCCUGCUCCCGCUGCUGGUUCCGGCUCUGCGGGCCGGGCCGGGCUGCGCUCCGUGUGACCCGGCGUUGUGCGCUCCUCUCCCGGCUGCGGGCUGCCCCGCCGGCUCGCUGCGGGACUCCUGCGGCUGCUGCGCGGUGUGCGCGGCGGCGGAGGGCGAGCUGUGCGGCGGCCGCAGAGCGGCAGCGCGCCGCUGCGGCCCCGGGCUGGAGUGCGUCAGGAGCGGCGACGACAAGCGGAGCAAAACCGGCGUGUGCGCGUGCAAGACCAACUACCAGGUGUGCGGAUCCGACGGAACCACGUACAGGAGCGGCUGCGUCCUGAAGAGCGCCAGCAUGGCGGCGCAGCGGGGCGGCAGGGAGCCAAUCAGCGUCCAGAACAAAGGCCGCUGCGCCUCAGCUCCCUCUAUAGUGACGCCUCCAGGCCAGGUGUUCAACCUCAGCGGCUCCUAGGUGUUCCUGAGCUGCGAGGCGGUGGGGGUGCCCACACCUGUCCUCACAUGGAAGAAGGUGCUUGGCGGCAGAAAGAGGGCGGAGCUUCUACCUGGCGAUCGGGACAACCUGGCUGUCCAGACCCGAGGCGGACCAGAGAAGCACCAAGUGACGGGCUGGGUUCUGAUCUCCCCGCUGACUGAAGAAGAAGAAGGAUCGUACGAGUGUCAUGCUGCCAACUCCAGAGGCGAAGCGUCGGCCAUCGGAGCCAUCCACCUGGUCCGGUCCGUUGAUGACAUCAUCUUCAAGACAGGGAUGAAGGACGAGCCGCUGUGAUCAGAUGACCGACUUCAUCAACUUCAGACUUUUCUGUUUCCUGCUCAUAUAGUUUGACUUUUGAACUCAUUAUAAAUUCAACGAUUUAAUCUGAAUUUAAAAUGUUAAUCAUUUA